AGCCUCUGGAGUUAUUCUCAAGGGAACAGCGCGCCUCAGUAGGGCAGCCAUGGGUAAGGAUUACUACGGGGUUCUUGGAGUCGGCAAAGAUGCCGGCCAGGACGAGAUCAAGAAAGCGUACCGGCGAGCUGCUCUGAAGUGGCAUCCUGAUAAGAAUCAGGAGAACAGAGCAGAGGCCGAAGAGAAGUUCAAAGACAUCGCGGAGGCCUAUGAUGUCCUGAGUGAUCCAGAGAAGAAGACCAUCUAUGACCGCUAUGGCGAAGAGGGCCUGAAAGGUGGCGCUCCAGGGUCCGGAGGACACGCGGGGGAAGAAGGGGUGCCGCCCGGCGGAUUUCACUACCAGUUCUCUGGGGAUCCAAACGACAUCUUCUCGAGAUUCUUCAAGGACUCGUUCCAGCGCUCAUCCUCUUUCGGUGACACUCCGUUCGAGGAUAUGUUCGGAAUGUUCGGGCAAGGAGGUAUGGGCGGCAUGGGCGGCAUGGGCAGCGGCAUGCGCAUGGGCGGCAUGGGCAUGGGCGGAUCUCAGGCCUCCAGGCCUGCUGUCUUCGACCUGCAGUGCUCGCUAGAGGACUUAUAUAAUGGUGCGACCAAGAAGAUGAAGGUGAAGAGAUCAUCGGCCUCUCUCAGUCGUGAUGCAGAGGCUGUCCUGGAGGUGACGAUCAAGCCGGGCUGGAAGGCAGGCACGAAGGUCACCUUCCCAGGGGAGGGUGACGAGAUCGGCAGCUCAGGCAAGGCACAGGAUGUCGUUUUUGUCAUCAGAGAGAAGCGGCAUCCCGUCUUCACCAGAGAGGGCUCCAACCUUCUGCAUCAUCGGCAGAUUCCUCUGGUGGACGCACUCACAGGCUUCAAGAUUGACGUGAAGAUGCUAGACAGCUCCGAGCGAAUUCUUCGCGUCAAUGUUCGAGACAUGGUCAGCCCCAAUUACACGAAGGUUGUGAAGGGCGAGGGGAUGCCAUCAACCAGAGAAAAAGGUGUCAAGGGUGACCUCAUUAUCACCUUCGACAUUGUAUAUCCGAAGUCCUUGAGUGAGGAGCAGAAGGAGAAGAUCAAGGCAGUCCUGCCUCGAUAGGAGGCUUGGCUUCAUGCUUUUCGCCGGGUGAGUGAGACGCUGGGAUAUAGCGCAUGCGCUGCCCCCAUAUCUUUGCUUAUCCCAUUUAAAUCCAGAAGUCCAAGACUUCCUGAAGUCCAGCAAUCAAGUGGGCCGCCUUAUUGUGUACAGGCUGCAGUCUUGAGCUGACGCUGUUUCUUGGACA